AUGUCAAGGCCAAGGGAAAUCGUAUGGCUGCCCGUUAUUCUCCGGCCGCUUGGCACCAUGCGGAAUGUCAGCGUGUUCGUCUGGAUGGCUGCCCUGGCCCUCAGGUUCACUGUCACUCACUGUCAACAACAAGCACAAUUCUCCGUCGUCACCACAAACUACGGGAAGCUGCGUGGAUUAAAGACCCCCUUACCCAACGAGAUCCUGGGCCCCGUGCAGCAGUACCUGGGGAUCCCAUAUGCUCUGCCCCCCACCGGCGAGAGGAGAUUCCAGGCCCCUGAGCCCCCUGCCUCCUGGCCUGGCAUAAGGAACGCUACUCAGUUCGCCCCAGUCUGUCCACAGUACCUGGAGGACAGGCUCCUGCUCAGCGACAUGCUACCCGUGUGGUUCACUGCCAACUUGGACACGGUCGCUACCUACGUGCAGGAGCAGAGCGAGGACUGCCUGUACCUGAACAUCUACGUCCCCACUGAGGAAGAUAUCCAUGAUGACGGCCACGACGGUCUAAAGCCAGUGAUGGUGUACAUCCAUGGAGGAUCAUACAUAGAGGGCACAGGAAAUAUGAUUGAUGGCAGCAUCCUGGCAAGCUACGGAAACGUCAUCGUUGUCACCAUAAACUACAGACUCGGAGUCUUAGGGUUUCUCAGCACGGGCGACCAAGCAGCAAAGGGAAAUUAUGGAUUACUUGACCAGAUCCAAGCGCUCCGAUGGAUCAAAGAAAACAUCCAGGCCUUUAAUGGUGAUCCGAAGAGAGUGACGAUAUUCGGAUCAGGAGCCGGAGCCUCUUGCGUCAGUCUGCUGACUCUGUCACAUUAUUCAGAAGAUCUUUUCCAGAAGGCUAUUAUUCAGAGUGGCACAGCCCUUUCGAGCUGGGCGGUGAACUACCAGCCAGCCAAAUACACACGGAUGCUGGCCGAGAAGGUGGGCUGCAAUGAAGCGGACACUGUCGAGCUGGUCGAGUGCCUCCAAAACAAAAGCUACAAGGAGCUCAUCGAGCAGAGUGUCACGCCCUCUAAGUAUCACAUCGCCUUUGGACCCGUCAUCGACGGUGACGUGAUCCCGGACGACCCACAGAUCCUAAUGGAGCAAGGGGAGUUCCUGAAUUAUGACAUCAUGCUGGGCGUCAACCAAGGAGAGGCCUUCAAGUUUGUGGACGGCGUGGUCGACAGCGAGGACGGCGUGCCGGGCAACGAGUUCGACUUUGCCGUGGUGGACUUUGUCGACCACCUCUACGGCUACCCGGACGCCAAGUACACCCUGCGGGAAACCAUCAAGUUCAUGUACACCGACUGGGCCGACAAGGAGAACCCGGAGACGCGCAGGAAAACCCUGGUGGCCCUCUUCACAGACCACCAGUGGGUGGCGCCGGCGGUCGCUACAGCGGACCUGCACGCUCAGUACGGGUCGCCAACGUACUUCUACGCCUUCUACCACCACUGUCAGAGCGACAUGAAGCCCAGCUGGGCGGACUCGGCGCACGGCGACGAGGUGCCCUAUGUCUUUGGCAUCCCCAUGAUCGGCCCCACUGACCUCUUCAACUGCAACUUCUCCAAAAAUGACGUCAUGCUGAGCGCUGUGGUGAUGACGUAUUGGACAAAUUUCGCCAAGACGGGGGAUCCCAACCAGCCUGUGCCCCAGGACACGAAAUUCAUCCACACCAAACCCAAUCGAUUCGAAGAGGUGGCCUGGUCUAAGUACAACCCCAAGGACCAGCUGUAUCUACACAUCGGUUUGAAGCCGCGCGUUCGAGACCACUACAGAGCCACUAAAGUGGCCUUUUGGCUGGAGCUCGUACCGCACUUACACAACAUCAACGAACUUUUCCAGUACGUGUCCACCACCACCAAGAUACCGCCCCAGGACACCACUCCGUUCUCCUACACCAAGCGUCUCUCUGGAAGGCCCUCCACCACCCGCCACCCCGCCCUCCCCAACACCAACAACAAACAAGUCACCGACCAGCAGACGCCGCCGGGCAGCCAGGAGGAGAACAGCGUGAUGAUCGAGACCCGGCGCGACUACUCCACGGAGCUGAGCGUCACGAUCGCCGUGGGCGCCUCGCUGCUCUUCCUCAACAUCCUGGCCUUCGCCGCGCUCUACUACAAGAAGGACAAGCACCGCCACGAGUCCAGCCGGCGCCUCAGCCCCCAGAGGAACAUCACGCACAACGACAUCGCGCACAUCCAGAACGAGGAGCUCCUGUCCCUGCAGAUGAAGCAGCUGGAGCACGAGCACGAGUGCGACUCCCUCCAGGCGCACGACACGCUGCGCCUCACCUGCCCGCCCGACUACACGCUCACGCUGCGGCGCUCCCCGGACGACGUGCCGCUCAUGACGCCCAAGACCAUCACCAUGAUCCCCAACUCCCUGGCAGCAAUACAGCCCCUGCAUCCUUACAGCCCCUUUGGCUCGCAGAACAACACCAGCAUCCCCCACGGACACUCCACCACCAGAGUAUAAAACUCUCUAAAGACUUCAAGACUGUGCAACCACCAUGCACUUCCUCUC